CUUCCUGAUUGACCUUCAUAAAACCACAUAGAUGUAAAUAAGCUUGUAAAAAGCUUGUAAUUAGCUUUGCUUGAGUGAGUCAAUAACAGAAGUAUGCCUACAAACACUAUACGCUUUGAAGAGUUGCAACUGCUGGAGCUAGCCGCCAAGGCACGGGCCCAUGGCUGCAAGAAAGCUUAUCUGCAGAAAUGUGACCAGAAACUCAAGAAGCUGUCUCAGAGAUGGUGCUGCUUGUACAGAAACUUUCUGUUUUACUUUGAGGGUGAGAGCUCCCCCAAACCUCUGGGAGUGGUGUUUCUGGAGGGCACUAACUGCAGACCUGUGGAGCAACUUGGCCUGCCAGUGGCUAACUUGGAGGGUGGGUUUUGCGUGAGCAGUGAAUGGUCGAGCAACAGGAUACACUUCUUUGUUGCUCGUGACGACAAGGAAAGAGACGGCUGGAUCGAGGCUCUUAACAAUUCAAAUAUGAGCAAGCUGUUGCGAGACCUAGAGGAACAGAGAGACCUGUGUGUAGAGCUGAGGGGCACACUAUCCAUUAACAAGUCAGAGGUGGACCACCUCACCAAAGCCAACCUCCAGGCACAGGAAGACAUUCAACACCUCAGAGGAGCUCUUCAAAGUGCAUCUCCUGCUCACACUCGAAAGAGACCAUCGUUGGGUGUGGUCAGUGCCUCCCCUGAGAAGACGAGCUCCAAUAGAGACGAACAAGCUAGAGUGCUUCAAAGCUACAUUCGUGGGUGGCUCAUCAGACGACGUUGGAAGCGUGUGGUGAGGGACUACCUUGACUCACCCCAGUCUGCAGUGCUCAAGAAGAGGAACCAGUUGAUAUGGAAGUUUGUGGCCUCAGAGGAGGAUUACGUGAGUCAGCUGCAGCUGCUGGCUGAAGAGUACCUACCUCAGUGUGACAUUGCCUCAGGCUCUAGGAAACCACCACUCUCUAAGGAACAGGUCACAGACAUCUUUAGAAAUUGUGAGGAGCUGCUCCUGUUCCAUCAGCUGUAUCUUCGUGGUUUACACUCGAAGAUUGAGAAGUGGCCAGUGGUGGUCCUUGGGGAUGUUCUCAAGUUGUUUGUGCCCAUGAUGGAUAUCUACCACCAGUUCAUAGGGAACCACAGUCAUGCCUUGGAUGUGCUCCUAGCCCUCACGACCAAGCCUGCAUUCAAGUCCUUCCUGGAAACAAUCCAGGGGCGGCCGGGUCCAGCAGGCGUGUCACUGGACUCCCUACUUGUAACUCCCCUCAAAAGAAUCUCCUCCUACAUACAAGACCUGCAAGAGUUGAAAGCACACACACCCACAGAGCACGUUGACUACGUUACUAUCACUGAGACAAUCACAGAGCUGGAGUUUAUACAAAAGACGGUGACGGAUGAGGUGACACAGAGUGAGAAUAUUCGUCAGGUACUCAAGAUUGAGAACAUGAUUGAGGGAGGCUGUGUGCAGCUGCUGGAUAAGGAGCAGAUACUCAUCAGACAAGGACUCCUCCAAGCCCUACGAGCUGAUGACAAACCCACUAAUUCCAUCACCUCCCUCACCGCUCUCACCCGGGGCAGACUACGGACACAGCCACGACAUUGCUUCCUCUUCUCUAAACACCUGCUGGUUACCAUGAGGGUUACCAAGAAACCACAAGACUGCUACAGAAUCAUCAAGGUGUUCCCCCUGAGGCAGUGUAAGGUGUCCGAGUGCACAUCCUCUGAGGUGGUAGAGGUCCACUACCGAGGCAUGAGGAUCGAGUGCCCGGGGGAGGUGGAGGCGGAGUCACUCACGCUAAUAGCCAGCACCAUCAACGAGAAGGCUCAGUGGAUGACCGACUACUCUCAGUGCAUUGAGAAUGAGAAGCAGAACAAGAUCAUACAGAGUCAGAGUGCUGGAGUGCCAGUGGAGCUGGACUCUCCGUUCAUACGAUACAGCACCUUCAAAACAGGGAAAGAGCAACUGGUAAACUGUGGCAGUGUUGAGAGUCUGCUGGAGCGUCUCGUCAAGGUCAACUACUACGGUCUGGACUUCCUCAAUACGUUCCUAAUGACCUUAGACCUCUACACUAACGCCCACACAGUCCUCGAGUACCUGAACAAGAACUACGAGGAGAUCCUCCAUGAGAGAGAGAGGAGACGCAGUGGAACUAUCUCACCUCAGGACGCCAUUUCCUCCAUCAGGGCUACUAGUGGGUCCCUCACCUCAGCUGACAUCACUCCCCACGUUGCAGCCUUGACUAACGGAGGAAAUCUCUCCCCCAGGAUGAACCACACUUACCCUCGUACCAACGGGAUCAGUAUACCACUCUCUCCCAACAAGAAACGCUCGGCUUCGGCCACAGCUGUGGAGAUAACACCUCGGACCAUCACUGGGAUAUUCUUUGCACUCAAACAUUGGAUCUCCAAACACUUUCAUCACUUCAGAGAGGACAGCAAACUAGCCACAAAGCUGGAGCUACUCAUAGAACACGCCUGCAAAGCACGAACCCUCUCUCUCAAAGAAACAGAAGCUGUCUCAGAUGUGAGUCGUCUUUAUGUCAUGCAGAAAGGCCCGGUUGAAGAGCCCAGUCAAGUUUUUCAACUCAUGAACAUGCAGUCUACAAUUCAUCUACCCAAAAAGCCGUUUGAGUGCCUGUUGCUAUGGUCACCGCGAGACUGUGCCGAGCAGUUGUGCAUAAUUGAAGCCACCCUCUUCAGCAGAAUAGAAAACAGUGAGAUUUUGAGAUAUUUUCAAGCAAAGGGUGAUCAGAAGGCAAAGGUGGCUCCUAACCUUCACACCAUUUUUGAGCACUUCAAUCGGAUGUCAUUGUUCUUUAUGUGGAGUGUUGCCAAGCAACGCUACCUGGUGGACCGUGCUAAGACCAUAGAGUUUCUCAUCCAGGCAUCUGCCGAGUGUAAGCAGCUCAACAACUUCAGCACCCUCCUCCAGCUCAUGUCUGCACUCGAGCAUGGCUCUGUACAGCGCUACAAGACGGCCUGGGAGCUCAUCCCUAAGAAUUUACGUCAAGAGUUUCGCUCCCUGAAACGAUUGAGCAGCACUGACGGCCGGUUUAAGGAGCUGCGAGGGUCCACGAGGAGAGCCCGCCCUCCUAUGGUCCCCUAUCUGGGCAUUGUCCUCAACGAGAUAGCCGGACUAGUGGAGGUACAACCCACAGUCAUCGAGGAUAACCUCGUUAAUUUCAGCAAAAUGAGAAGAUGUACGAGGCUGGUCAGUGAUACCCUCCAGUAUCAGAAAGACCCUUACGAGUUCACCUUUAUCUCUGAGAUUUCUAAAGUGCUGCUGUGCACAGAAAUUCCAGGCAAUGACGAUGACCUCUAUCAAGUUGCCAAGGCGAUUGAUGACAAAGAUGCGAUAUCAAUAAACAUGCAAUUAUGAGCACAAACACAAAACAAAUUUCACUUUUCACUUAAUUAUUUUGAUCACUGGUGUCUUCAUUCUCUCAUUCUUUAUAAUUAAUUUUUAUAUACUUUUUUUAUUGCAACAGAAUUCCAAUGAUUUAUUUGACUUUUA